GUAAAAGUAUUGAGGUGGCAACAGUGUAGAUCAGUCAUGUCUGUGGAGGAUGAAGACAGUACCUGGUUGUUGGCCCUCGAGUCAGCGUUGCACGAAGGCGUCGAUGACCACGAACUCGUCAGCAUCACCAGAGGGCGAGUGUUGCCGGAGGAGCAUCGAGCGCAGAUAUGGUACACGUGUCUCGGUGGCGGGAACAAAUUCAGCAACUUUACUCAGUUCGAUGAGAUAUUUGAUCUACAGGAGCAGAGUACAGUGAGGCAAGACUGUAGAACCCUAGUAGAUAAACUUGGUAAUGAAGAGGAAGAUAAGGUUUCGGUGAUAUGCGACGUGGAAUCCAUCUUCACUCAUUACUGCAAGUCUCGGCACCUCAAGUACGACCCGACGAUGCGAUGGGCUGACAUUGUCUUACCUCUCCUGGCCGGGAAAAUGCCACGAGACCAUAUUUACAUCUGCUUCGAGGAGAUUCUUGAGAAAUAUAUCCCGAGGGAAUCUGGCAUCGGAGGUCCUGUUUAUCACCUGCUGAGGCUCCUGCUCCUCUACCACGACCCGGAACUGUCGACUUUUCUCGACUCCCGGAAAAUCACCCCAGAUCUCUACGCCACGUCUUGGAUGCGGAGUUUGUUUGCCGCAGUGUGUAGUCUGGACUCAACCAUGGCCGUGUGGGAUAUAUAUUUCCAGGAGAGAGAUCCGUUCUUUAUUCUGUUCUUGGCUCUUGUGAUCCUAGUCAACGCCAGGGAACAAGUUUUAGAAAUGAAGAGCAAACCGCAAAACAACAUCAUUGAGACCUUAAGUGGAAUCCCAUCUGGCCUGAGUGUCGACGACGUCUCGGACUUCUGCUCCCUGGCCAGAUACUACGUCGUCAAAACACCUGCCACUUUCAGAAAGGACUUCUCGACGGUGAUCUUCGGCUCGGUGUACAUGGGUCACGGGGACAUGUGUAAUAGGGUAGGCGACCUCCCUCUCUCCCAGUCUCUGUGUCUACCCGUCUCGGCCGAGGAAAUCAUCGACACCUGCGAUAUGCUUCAGGCCCCACCAGAGGAUAUUGAGCAGGUGCGGUUCUUCCUCAUCGACUGCCGCCCCUCUGACCAAUACAACGCCGGCCACCUCCCAAAUGCCUUCCACCUCGACUCUAGCCUGAUGCUUCAACACCAGGCCCUAUUCCAAACUGCCGUCCAGGGUCUGUUUAUGGCACAGCGUCAGGCCGUAGCGUCGGAGACCCCAGGCUGCGGGCAACACCUCUGUUUCGUGGGGUCGGGCCGUGAGCAGGAGGACCAGUACGUACACAUGGUCGUUGCGUCGUUCCUUCAGCACAACACUCAGUACGUCAGCCUGGCCAAGGGCGGUUACCAUGCCAUACACGACCUGCUGGUACACAACAUCAACGAAAGCCUCGCCGACCACGACUCCAAGCAGUGUCUCGUUUGCGCCCCGGACAACCAAUCACAUUCCUCCGAGCCCGCUGACCAGGAGGACUUCACAGCGGUUCCCAAACCUCAGCCGUCGCUCAUGAAUCGAUUUUCGUCGCUAUCGUCCGUGUUUAAGAUGAGGUCAGCCGAGAUGAAGGAGAAACUGGUCGAGUACAUCACGAACCCCAAUGGUGAAGGCUUGACCAUCGACCGCCACGUGAGCGCGCUGGACCGAGGGAGACCCUAUCGUAACCUGGGAGACGUGUUUGGCUUCGGUGACGAUGACGGUGAAAAUAAUGAAGAGAACGAGAGGCUGGAGGUAGUGAAGAUCUCGCAGUGGCUCAAGAAACCGGACUUUAUAUCGUCGUUCACCUGUAACCAAGUGAAAGAGAAUGGUUAUAUGUAUAAAUGUCAUCUGUUGCUUAUGGAGACACUGCUGUUUAUCGUACGUGAGUCGGAGAACAAGGACGGAGAAGGGCAUGUGACGGCACGGAGAACUCUGGCCUCCAUCGUCAAGAUAACCUCUAAGAAGAGACACCCGGAUCUCAUCACCUUUAAGUACGGCACUACGUCACCAGAGGGCGAGGUCACCAUAUCCGACAUGGACAGGUUCCUCAUCCCAAAGGCGAGCGAGGCAACGAAGGUCAUAAAGGAGCAGAUCAUGAAGCAAAUGGAAGCCGCCAAGACAUAGUGGUGCGCCGGAGAUGUGCGGUGAAGGAGGACUAGAGAGUGUGGGUGUAUGUGUGUGUGUGUGCGUCUCCGAGGGGUUGGCUGAUUCGAGGCCGACCUGAGCCAGAACGUGUUGUAGUAUACCAGGAGAUUGUUAUGGUCUGUGAAAAAGUUAUAGUGUUAUUUUUGGCAUGUCAGGAGUACCAUAGUGUGAUUUUUGAUAUGUCAGGAGUACCAUAGUGUUAUUUUUGGCAUGUCAGGAGUACCAUAGUGUGAUUUAUGAUAUGUCAGGAGUACCAUAGUGUUAUUUAUGAUGUCAGGAGUACCAUAGUGUUAUUUUUGGCAUGUCAGGAGUACCAUAGUGUGAUUUAUGAUAUGUCAGGAGUACCAUAGUGUUAUUUAUGAUGUCAGGAGUACCAUAGUGUUAUUUUUGGCAUAACAAGAAUAGAUUUGGGGUGAUUAGUCAAGUGUGUCCCCCCCCCAGAGAAUACUAACAGCCCCUAACUGCUCUAAACUAACUCAUCAGGGUUGUGUUUCGCUCCUAAUUGACCCCAGUUUAAGUACUCAUCCCUAAUAGGGGCCCAGCCUCUAUUAGUAUUACGGUUGUGGCCUGAUAGUUUCCAAAUCUUGUGGUGUAGGUUAGUUUUUUGGAGAGAGGGGGGAGGGGGGGGGGAGCUGUUAGGAUUCCUGGGGGCCAUUUGACGUUGUGCUCGUCUCAGAGAAAGUGUCUACGUGAGAGAUGGGACCCUAGAGGUGGUGUUUAGACCCACGUGAGGUGUAUGUGGUCUUUUGUACAUAGAUAUGAUAUAGAUUUUUGCCUUCUCUUUCCAAUGAUCAUUUCACUAAAGGUGUUUUUGUUCAUCUAUGUCCAGAUUCUGUCCAAAUGUUUGUAUGAUAGUCAUUUGUGUAUAUACGAUGAUGCCAUAUUACCCCGAAUUUGUGCUUCCUGGACGUUGUGAUUGGAUGAAUGUUUCCCCCUACUUCUAACAAGCCUUCAGACCUAACCUAACCCCUAACAAUUGAAGCUUAAGUUGUAUGUGUAACGAUCCUAUGGGUUAGGUUAGGUUAGGUUAGGUUGAAGGUGUAUUAAGAGUAGGGGGAUUUAUUUCACUUCUAAUACUUGAUAAUUUUUGAAGGGAAAAUGAAAAAUUGUUGAUUGUGUAAUUUUGAUUAUUGUAUUAC